CAGCUUCUGUCCUCUCAGUCUCAGUGCAGCGGGACCGCCAACAAGGGCUAUAUUCAUACAACCACAUCAAUUGCAAGCAAUGGAGCUCUUUCAGGAAGGGCUCUCUGUAAACCUGUGGAUUUUUUCAUUGCUCAUAUGGACUUCAGCAAGUGCAUUUAACCUGGACACACAAAACGUCCUCAGGAAGAAUGGUCAUCCGGGCAGCCUCUUUGGAUUCUCUCUGGCCAUGCACCGGCAGCUCCAGCCCACCGAUAAGAGAAUAUUGUUGAUUGGUGCUCCCAAGGCCAGGGCUUUAUCCAAUCAGAGGGCAAACAUCACAGGUGGGCUGUACAGCUGUGACAUCACCACCCAUACAGAUGACUGUACUCGGGUGGAAUUUGACAAUGAUGUGGACGUUCUUGUGGAGAAUAAAGAGAACCAGUGGAUGGGUGUGACGGUUCAGAGUCAGGGACCUGGAGGCAAGAUUGUGACAUGUGCCCAUCGCUACCAGCGCUUGUUGUUUCCCAACACAGCACAAGAGGCUCGUGACAUCACUGGACGCUGUUACAUGCUGAGUCAGGACCUGAGCAUCGACAGUCAAUCAGAUGAGGAUGGGGGCAACUGGAAAUUCUGUGAUGGUCGCACCAGGGGUCAUGAAAGAUUUGGGUCCUGUCAGCAGGGUCUGGCUGCCACUUUCACGAAAGACUACCAUUAUGUCAUCUUUGGAGCACCAGGAGCAUACAACUGGAAAGGAAUAGUGCGUGUGGAGCAGAAGAACAACACUCUGCUGGAAAUGGGCUUGUUUGAUGAUGGUCCUUAUGAGGUCGGGGAUGAAAACCGCCUGGAUCCAAAUCUUGUUCCAGUACUAGCGAACAGUUACCUAGGAUUCUCUCUAGAUUCUGGUCACAGUAUCACAGAAAAGGGGAAGCUCAUCGUAGUGUCAGGAGCGCCGAGAGCCAAUCACAGUGGAGCUGUGGUGUUUCUGAGGAAGGAAGGUGAAGUGUCCACCGCGCUCACACCUGAACACAUUCUAGAGGGACCAGGACUUGCAUCCUCAUUUGGAUAUGAUGUCGCUGUGGUGGACCUGAAUGGAGAUGGUUGGCAGGAUGUUGUGGUUGGUGCACCGCAAUUCUUCCAGAGAGAUGAGGAAGUGGGUGGAGCUGUGUAUGUCUAUAUCAAUAAUGCUGGAAGGUGGAAAGACGUCUCGCCUACUCGCCUCAAUGGAACUAAAGACUCCAUGUUUGGACUGUCUGUGGAGAACAUUGGAGACAUUAAUCUGGAUUCUUUUGAAGAUUUUGCAGUUGGUGCUCCAAAUGCAGACUCUGGGUUUGGUUGUGUUUACAUCUACCACGGAUCUGCUGACGGCAUCAAUACUGAACCAGCUCAGAUACUGGAGGGCAAACAGCACAACAUUAAGAUGUUUGGAUAUUCUCUGGCUGGGAAAAUGGAUUUGGAUCAGAACUCGUACCCUGAUCUGGCUGUGGGCUCCCUCUCUGAUACUGUUUUCAUAUACAGAUCAAAACCGGUCAUCAGCAUCAAGAAAGACAUCAAGGUUACACCAAAAGAAAUUGACUUGAUGAAGAAAACGUGUGGCAACAGUAUUUGCUUGACUGUGGAAGCUUGUUUUUCAUACAGAGCAAACCCUCCCACCUACAACCCCAAACUCACUAUUUCCUACACAUUUGAGGCGGAGUGGUACCGCAGAAAGUUGGGUCUCCCGUCAAGAGUUGUGUUUCUGGAGAAAAGCAUGAUAGAUCAGGACUUCCAGUCAUCUGGCACUCUGGAGCUACGAGGACAGAACAAGAAUGCCUGUUACAAGACGCAACUCAGACUACAAGAUGGAAUCAGGGAUAAGUUGAGAGCGAUUCCUAUCGAGGUGUCUGUGGCCAUUCAGAGUGCCAAGAGAGGCAAACGGCAGAGCUCAUUGCCACAACUAUUGCCAAUACUGGACUCCACUGUGCCCAACAAGACCAUCACUGAGGUGAACUUCCUGAAGGAGGGUUGUGGCACUGACAACAUCUGUCAGAGUAACUUAUAUCUGCAGUACAGGUUCUGCUACAGAGAGACCAACCAGGACGUGUUCCCUCCUCUUCCUCUGGAGAAUGGAGUUCCAGUGAUUUCUCUGAGUGAUCAGAAAGACAUCGCUCUGGAGGUGACGGUGAGGAACAGGAAUGGAGAUGACGCCCAUGAAGCUAAACUGAUGGGACAGUUUGAUGAAUCACUGUCAUACUCUGGAUUCAGAUCUCUGAGAACUACUGAUAAGCAUGUGAUCUGUGUAGCCAAUCAGAAUGGCUCUCUGGCAGACUGUGAGCUGGGAAACCCAUUUAAACGAGAUUCAGAGGUAACGUUCUAUAUCAUACUGAGCACUGGCAAGAUCUCUCUCAACACCAAAGAUGUGGAGAUCGUCCUUCAGCUGGAAACAACGAGUUCACAGGAGGGCAUGGGCAAAAUAAAGGCCAGAGCCAAGGUGGUGAUUGAACUUCUACUUUCUGUACAAGGGUUGGCCAAGCCCUCUCAGGUCUAUUUUGGAGGUGAAGUCAGAGGAGAGAGUGCCAUGAAGACAGAGGAGGAAGUUGGCAGCUUGAUUGAAUAUGAAUUCAGAGUGAUUAACUUGGGAAAGCCUCUGAAGUCAUUUGGAACUGCUUUCCUGAACAUCCAGUGGCCUAAAGAGAGUCCCUUGGGGAAAUGGCUGCUGUAUCUGAUGAAGAUUAGCACUAAAGAUCUGCAGUUAGUCACCUGUUCACCUGAGAGUGAGAUAAACCCUCUCAGACUGAAUGAGGAGUCGACAGUAACUAGGAGAAAACGAGAGCUGGAGGAGAGAAGUUCGUUUGAAGGGAGUAAAAUAUCUCUCUUCACUGACAAACGCAAACACAAGACUCUGUCGUGCACAGGUGAUGCCAAAUGUGUGGAGAUAAAGUGUCCUCUACAGGGCUUGGACAGCAGUGCAGUCAUCCUUUUGAAAUCUCGGCUGUGGAAUUCAACCUUUCUUGAAGAUUAUGCCUCCUACAAUUACCUUGAUAUAAUGGUGAAAGCCUCCAUAAGUCUGGAUGUGUCUGCAAAGAACAUUGUGCUUAAAAAUCCUGAGACACAGGUGAGACUGACCGUGUUCCCAGAGACGAUAGUGACACAGUUCGGAGGCAUCCCAUGGUGGAUUAUUCUUGUGGCUGUAUUAGCUGGAAUCCUAAUGCUGGCUCUUCUAGUGCUGUUACUGUGGAAGUGUGGAUUUUUUAAACGUUCCAAAUAUGAUGACAGCGUUCCGAAAUAUCACGCAGUGAGGAUUCGGAAGGAGACGCAUCUCUUAAAAGAUGAAAAGGACAUGUUAGAUCCCCUGGAGAAGAAGCAAUGGAUGACCACAUGGAGUGAGAAUGAGAGCUACUCUUGAGACUGUCUCUGCAUCUACUGUGGACAGUUUGGCACCAUCAGGCAUUUCAAGUUGGAAAAAGAUUCAGAGGAAGCUGACACGCCCUCUGUGCAGUGUUUAAGACCACCGAGAGCAAAAUAUCACAGGCGUUUGACACAAAGAAGCUUUUUCUGAAAACUAAGGAGUAUGACUGACAGUUAACUCCUGGAUCUCUGGGCCUUUUGUCUGCAAUGUCUCAUCUUUAAAUCUCAACCAUUAUUUUUGGAAGUUGCAUGAGAUGCCAAGACGUACUUUUCUUUGUAAAUAUUUAAGUAUUUUACAAUGCAGUUUAUUUAUUUUGUCUUGUAAUUUUGUAUUAUAGUGCCUACUGUGCAUGGACUGGCCAAAGAUUGUUUUUCCAAGCCUUUCAGUAACUGUAAAUAUCAUUGAAAGUUAAGAGCUCUGUCAGCUAAAGCUCAGGCAGGACAUGGAUAAUCAGGUGUGCAGAAGACAGAACAUUAAAAUUGUUUGUUAUUAUUGACUUGUUUCGUUAUCCAUUGUUUGUGGCAAUUUGUCCCAAAUGUAUUAGCUGUGCCACGGGAACAAUGGAAUACUAUCUUACUACUGAAUACUGUAGUAUACACUGUAUAAUUAUAUUUCAUAAAAUAGUAAGUGAAAUACAGUAGUAUGCAUCAUGCAACGAUAAACGUUCCAAAACAGUAGUAUGCAGUGUUGUUGUCACAUGACCUCAUUCAUUUUUAUGUGAGUGUUGUCUACUAAACAUCUUGGAAAUAGAGUUAUUUUGCAUUUCAGUUAAUGCAAAAUAAUGCAAACUUUUGGAAAGAGACAUUAAAAAUCCCUACUCUUUACUUCAGUUUCAACUUUUCAUCAGGGGUUCUCCCGUCCUCGACUGUUUUGCUGCUAAAAUAUGGGGCAGUAAUAUAACACUACAUAAGAAUAUUUGGAGAUCAUUAAAAUAAUUGUCAUUUCAAAAUAAAAUUAGUUAAAUUCCCAGCUUUUGUUUGCAAAUCAGCAUGUUU